UUUUAUAUCUGGCAACCCACGCCAGUCCAUCAGUCAAAUCACGCAAAAAAAGAACCCAAAAUUUAAAAGAGCAAUUUUAUUAUUCCUGUGUUAUAAGGAAAAUAAUGUACUCCGUUCACGCCUAACCUAAGGUCACCUUACGUAAGAUUGGCUCAGUUAACUUUAAAACUAUGGGCAACCAAGUAUCUGCUGAUGCCGGUGUCAACCUAAAGGCCCCAGUAAACAACUCCAAUCCGCCACCAGAAUGUCCUAUGCACAAAAAAGAAGAAAGCGUGCCCAAGGUUUCCGACUGCCCAGUGCAGCAUGGGAAGGCAACCAAUGACAUAAACCCGUAUAACAUGAUGCCACCAGCAAAUCAGCAGCCAGCUCCGGACCAGCCUUUCCCCUUGCCCGUCCAACGCCAAGUGUCAUCUAUUCCCCGAGCCAUGCCUGAUGGUUCCACGGAGUUCUGGGUGUACCCGAGCCAGCAGAUGUUCUGGAAUGCUAUGUUACGUAAGGGAUGGCGUUGGAAGGAUGAAGACAUAAAGCCAAAGGACAUGGAGGAUAUUAUUAAAAUUCAUAACGCUAAUAAUGAACAGGCUUGGCUAGAAGUGCUGAAAUGGGAAGCACUCCACGCUAAAGAGUGUGGUCAUCCUAGGCUAAAGAGUUUUGGAGGAAAGGCCACUCAGUACAGUCCUAGGGCUCAAAUUCGCUCAUGGCUUGGGUACGAACUGCCAUUUGACCGUCACGACUGGAUUGUAGACCGGUGUGGCAAGGAAGUCCGCUACGUCAUCGACUAUUACGACGGAGGAGAACUUGACAACAAAUACCAGUUCGCCCUCCUCGAUGUCAGGCCCGCCUUAGACUCCUUCGAAAAUGCUUGGGACAGAAUGAAAGUUAUGUACAUGAGAUAUCGUUAUGAACUCAUCGGUGACAAAGACUCUUCAACAAAACUAACAAAUUAGAAAUAGCCAAUACUUUAGAGUAUUACAAAUAACUUUAAUGUUUGUUAUAAGGUCCUUAAUUUUGAUCAACUAAAUUAAAUUAAAACAAUGAUUAAAGCACUGAAUAACUGUUCAAUAGAAUAAUGAUAUUUAUUCAAAAAUAAAUAAAAUAGAAAUAAUAGUGCUUGCCUUUGUACCGGACAUGAGUUCUAUCAUGUUAAAUUAUGCUUUGUCAGUUUAAUCAUAAAAAGUUAGGAUUGCAAAAAUAAGUAGAUUAAAAUUAGAGUUGAUUAAAGUUGUGGAGUCUUUCUGUCGGCAAGUGUUGUCACUGCUAAAGCUCUUUGUGAUUAAAUGUGUUAUUUAUUUAUUUAUUUUAUUUUUAAAUUUGAUCUGCACUAUUAUAUAUUUUUAACCCCGAUGCAAUACAAUGAGAGUUGUAAAGCUACGAAUUUGCUAACAUGCCUUAAGAGAGUUAAGAGGGCAUCGGCCGUCGAGUGGCGCCCUCAUUGGGGGAAUUGUGUUUUCGAAUAAACCAAAAAUGUGUGUGGUCACAAUUUAUCAUUUGCCGUUUAGUUGAUAAAGCAAAAUAAAACUGACAAAAACCAAGUGUGGAAUCAGUAGGUCAUCAAAAUUAAAAUACUGAAUUAUAUAGAUAUUAAUAGGGUAGUUGACUGACUAGUUAAAUCAGUUUUUUUUUUCAACUGUCAAAACGAUCAGCCAACUAUGUAAUCUAUACUAAUAUAUGAAAAACAGAACAAUGCACGGUGGCUCGGCUUGUAUGGAGAAGGGGUCAUAAGUCGAUUUCUCCAAAAGUAUCAAAGAUACCCUCAAAAUAAAAAUAUGUUCGUGUUUAUUGUUUAAAUAUCUACUAAAAAAACAGUAAUAAAUAGUUUUACUUUGUAUAUUUUAGCAUAAAAAAAAACCUAACUGAUAACAAAAAACUAUGCAAAAUACAUACUACUUUAAAGGCUUAUAAAAAUACAAUAAAAAAAUAAAUUAUAACGUAUUCUUGAAUAAUAUAAUAAAACAAAUAGUUUUUAUCAAUUAUAUUGUAUAAAUCUAUAUUUAAAAUUAAAACUUAUAUAUUUACAGAGAUGCUAAUAUCGUACAAAUUAUGCAACGCAAAAUAUUUUACGUCACGUGUCAGUUACCUUAAAAAACUAACCUAGGUCAACUAAUACUUUAGAUUCGUCUAAAAUGUAUUUUAAACAUCUAGUUAAAUAAGUACACAUUGUGACAACUAUUGAUUUUUCGUUUUUGGUAGUUUCCUACGGCCCGUAAUCAUAGGGUUCGAAUUUACUAGAAAAUGAUUUAAGAGAUUCGUAUUUGUCUUGGUGCGCGCACACAAUUACUUUACCAUACGAAGGUAAAACAGGAUAAACCCGAAAAUUUUAUAAAAGUACGUAGUAACAAAUAUUGGUGUUUUGUUAGUAUAGCUUCUGUGAGAAGAGAUAGCACAUGCAUCGUAAGGAUUUGAUUGGUCUCUAAAUUAGCUAAUAUUCGUCAAGUUGUUGACUGCUGCUGCAUCCAAGGAUGCUAGUGCUGCUAAUCUUCUGCGUUUUGACCGCUAACUACAAGCCGAAAAUUCCUUUUUUAGCCAUCCGGCUGAAGUAGAGGGUUCCGAAUUGCCCGAUGAUGACGGUUGUCCCAAUUCAAUAUUUAACGUAUUUUCAGUCACCUUAUUUUUAAUGGCAAAUUAACACUUUGCUUCUCACUUAACCAGUCCAAAUGUUUCUUAAGAACUAGACAAUUAGUUCCCGAAGAAGAUUUCCAAUAAAAUACACGUCGACUACAAAAAUGUACUUAAUGAUGCUAUACAAAUUACUAGUAUCCACAUUUUCUACAUCUGGCACCAUUCCUAUUAGUUGUUGUAGCACUUGACGACGUCUUUCUGUAUCUAAACUACUAGUAGAGAGCCAUAGUUCAAAUACGAAUCCCCUUGUAAAAGAUCCGACGUACAUAUCACCUGAAAAAAGAAAGAAAAAGGUAAAUUUCCAUUCGUAAUAUUUUCCUAGUAGGUGCUACGCCUUGGCCUACGCAGGCGUAGCAGUCUUAUAAAAACUAAAUAGGCAAUUUACUGCAGAAACAAGUUUAUGGCCGUUAAUCUAGAAAUAUCGAGCUUCAAAAUGAUGCUAGUUUCGUUUUUAAAAUCGUGUCUCAAAUUAACUAAAAGUUUAAGUCAACAAAAUAUUCUAAUCAUUAUUCAUACGACUUUUUGCCGUGGCGUAGACCCAAUAUUAUGAAUAUAUAUUUUAUUGUAAUACUAAACAAUCUAUGUAAAUCAAAACAACAUACCUGAUUCUUUAAGCUCCAUAUUAAUAAUAGUCACUAAAAUCACUAUUUAGUCAGGAAUGCACCACUAAUCACCGAUCACUUAAUGAGUCUCUGAUAAGAGAGCGCGUACAAACGGGAGUUGUGUUCACUUUCUAGGUUCGUUAUAGAAUGAAGGUAAUUACUUAUACAGGAACUAUUUAUACCUAAUUAAAGUACGUUUAUCGGCAAAUUAGAAACAGCCAUUAGAAAUUUAAAACUACCACAUGCAUUUUUUUGGAUCAUGGCCUAUGGCCAGCCCACCGUGCAAUGACGCCACGGUCAAGUUACCUACUCUAUAGUUCUGUCGGAUGUAUUAAAUAAAAAAUAUGACUGAAAAUACCUGCAGUCUAGGUUUUUCUUUUUUUAGUUCUUUAGUUUUGUCGUGCUUUAUUACGUAUUUAUUACGCACGGUGUAAUAUAAUUUACAGGACACAUCCUUAUUGGUUUAUUAGACAACACAUUUCCCCAAUUGAGGGCGCCACUGGACGGACGAUGCAGUCUUAAAUAGCCCUCGCGCAAAAUGUCGAGUUGCAAUACAAUGCCUGUAAAAAAUCUUCAAUACAAGUGACCAAAAUCUUCACGUCACGACGACGACGUGACGUCAAUUCUUGGGAUUAGUUGUCAAGCGGACCCCAGGCUCCCUUGAGCCGCGGCAAAAUACCGGGAUAGCGAGGAAGAAGGGAAUACAAGUGACCAUAAUUUCAAGAACAACUACAACUGUCAACAAAAAGAUAAUUGAUCGAUUAUUUUGAAAUUAAACAUAAUAUUAUAUGAACAUUGGUAAACUUGUGAAAUUGAGCAUCAAACAAGUCUUCAAGAGUACAGUUCUGGUCACAUUUAUUCAAUGGCAUUAGGACAUUUAGGACACAAUAUCAUCAUCAGAUUUCUGUUUUAAGCAAUAAAUAACUCUAUAAGGCAAAUUGAAUCCUAUCACAUUGAAACAAAGUUCUAAACCAUGUGGGAAAUAUAAUUCCCUCUUGCCUUAUAAAAAGGCUUAAAGAAAAAGUAUGAUUGUUCCUACCAACAAACUCCAAAGCAACUAAUAAAUUGAGAUAUAUGAUAGGUACUUAAGAUUCAAAGCUGCUUUAGCUGAUAGCAGUAGAAAUGUCCUUUAUUUACUAGUUAUUUACUUAUAACGCUUAAAAUUUUAGUGCAUAAGUAACAUAAGUUGUUAAACAUGUGAAAUUGUGAAAUAAAAUUCUGAGACUAAUU